AUGUCUUCACUGGAAGAGAGAGACGUGGGCGUUGUGGCCGCCCCUGGCUCCUCCUCGGCCGGCAUGGGGGUCGGGGCCGUGGGGGCAGCGGUGGAGGCUGUCGCUGGGGUCGCAGCCAUGCAGGAGGAGGUCGGGAUACGGCGAGAAGGGCCCGAGCCAGACGCAGACGAGCCACCCAAGAAGAGGGUGAGAUUGCCCGAGGGAGAGUCAGGAAAGCUGGAGGAGAGACUGUACUCAGUGCUGUGCUGCACCGUGUGCCUAGACUUGCCCAAGGCGUCUGUAUACCAGUGUACCAAUGGACACCUGAUGUGUGCAGGCUGUUUCAUCCACCUCCUGGCUGACUCUCGUCUCAAGGAGGAGCAGGCCACAUGUCCUAACUGCAGGUGUGAGAUCAGCAAGAACCUGUGCUGCAGGAACCUCGCGGUGGAGAAGGCUGUCAGUGAGCUGCCGACAGAAUGCACCUUCUGCCUAAAACAGUUCCCCCGCUCCAGCUUAGAGAGACACCAGAAAGAGGAGUGCCAGGACAGGGUGACACAGUGUAAGUACAAGAGGAUUGGCUGCCCUUGGCAAGGUCCGUUCCAUGAGCUGCCAGCGCAUGAGAGCGAGUGCUCCCAUCCCACCAAGACUGGUACAGAGCUGAUGGGAAUACUGGGAGAGAUGGACCAGAGCCACCGCAGAGACAUGCAGCUCUAUAACAGCAUCUUCAGCCUGCUCUGCUACGAAAAGAUCGGGUUCACAGAGGUGCAGUUCAGGCCGUACCGCACCGAUGACUUCAUCACUCGUCUGUACUAUGAAACACCACGCUUCACCGUUCUCAACCAGACAUGGGUGCUGAAGGCCCGCGUUAACGACUCUGAGCGCAACCCCAACCUGUCCUGCAAGCGCACCCUCUCCUUCCAGCUCAUCCUCAAAAGCAAGGUGAACUCAGCCCUGGAGUGCUCCUUCCUGCUGCUGAAGGGGCCUUAUGACGAUGUGCGGAUCAAGCCGGUCAUCCACCACCACUCCUUCAGCAACGACACCAACGAGACCGACUACGUCCCUCUGCCCAUCUCAGAUUCGGUGGAGUGCAACAAACUGCUGGCCGCCAAAAACAUCAACCUGCGCCUGUUCAUCUUCCAAGUCCAAAAAUAAAGAGUGAGGGAAGAGGAGGAGGAGGAGGAGGAGGAUGGAGAGGAUGAGGGAGGAGAAGAAGAAGACGAAGAAGAAGAAGAGGGGUGAUGGAGGGUGAGGGGCUGAGAGAGAGGAGUGAUGAAGAUUAAAGAGACACCACUGAACCACUGAUACCUCUUAACACCGACACACACACAGACACACACAAAUACACACAUAUACUCUCACAAACAUUCAUGCAGGGUACACACACAUCUACACUCACACACACACACACACCACUAAUUACACUUACCUCCUUUUACAAGAUAGUGAGACCCCUUGCUCGGGGAGCUGUGAGUUGCUAUGGAGAUGGGUGGGCUUUGUUAUGGAAUGGAGGGGUGGGGUGAAACCUGCAAAGGCACAGGCGGGGCUGUUGGGGUGAAGGAGCAGGGUCUGUGAUGGUUGGUGUGUACCUGUGGAGGCUCUCUGAGGUCAUGUAGUGUCUGACCUUUCACCCCUGACACCCGCAGCCAAAGGUAGCACACACACACCAAACAAAGCAGGAUUUGCUGGGUGCAUUUGUUGCGUACAUGCUUGUGUAUGUGUGAGAGAGAGAAAGUGAGCGGACGCUGGAGUGUGUCCCAAACUCUUGCUUUUAUGUCGAGAUGUCCCAAAGACACGUGAUAAUGUGAAAAUAGAGUGAUUGACUCUACUGAGCUGUUCUUUGGACACGUGAGUGGAUGUAGAGGGCGCGCGCGUGUGUGUGUGUGUGUGAGAGAGUGUGUGUUUGUCCUUUCCGUCUACAAACUCUAUGCCUGAGUCUCGUCAACAGUUUCUGUCUGUUUUGGCAAAAGUGUGUGUAAAGCUUUCGCCAGAGCAGACGAAAGACGGCGUUCCCCCCCCCCCGCUAGUGAUAUCCUUUCACCUUUCAACUCGAGGAGAGACGGCCUGGCUGCAUGCAUAUUUUAGUUCUUCAACCUCUUCCUCCAGCUGUGGUUAUAUUUAACCUUCAACACUAAUACCAUUUUUAUUUCUCUUAACCCCAAGUAUUUAAGUACCUGUGAACUUUUAUUCUUUUUAUUUUGGGUUUUAGCGUGUGACUGAUUUUGUGUGUGUGUGUCUAAAAGAUCAUAACUGUGAGAUUCAUGUGAAAACCUCCCUAUUAGACAAACCGUACAAUCCUUGAGGACAUGACAGACCUUCAGGUUCACUGUAUGUCAGCUGCUUUUUGGUAAUUUGAUUAUCUGCAGAUUUAUUAGGGACUUUGCGCCCCUUCAGCACAAAAACAACUGGGUCCUGCAUGCCUACAUACUCUGCAUCUUAAAGGCACGGUCAGAUAUGAGCGAGUGCAGGCGACUGACCUGCUAGCUUGCUAAAUACUGGGAAAUAUGAAGCUAUUGGUACCUUUUUUAAAUUUCCUUAUGUUCCAUGCCUGUCUGCUUACUGACUGCCAGCCAGGCAGCAUCUCUAAUGUAGGGCAAUUUGUAAUUCAGCUCAUUAAACAUGGCAACAAUCAAUGGGUCCUCCAUAUUUACUUUUUUACUAUUGUUCAGGCUGCGAAUUUGCCAGUCAGUGUUCACUGAAGUCGAAGAUGAGAUUUGCUUUGCCAUCAGGAGCCAAUGUUUUAUACGCCCCUUUGCUCGCACUAAAUGGGAGUGAACAGGAGGUGAAAAUUUGCCGGUGUUAAUUUCAUGCAUGUGUGACCAUGCCC